GAUGUUACCUCUGAUCUUACAUAUAAGUAGCCUAAAGUAGGUCGUGCUGAGAAAAAAGCAAGCACCUUCUGAUUAUCUAGAUCCGCGUUGCUUUUUACCAAGUCCGUACUAUAUCCCCGUGGUCUUGUGCGGGAUGCCUAGGUACUAGGUAGGUAGAUUAGGUAGGGGUUUCGGCGUGAGCCGCUGAAGCUAGGCAUUGGAUGCACACUCAGUCCGCAUCUGUUAUCAAAUCAUAUUGUCGUUACAUAUAGCUCAGCGCCCUAGUUUGAUACCUACCUAGGUAGGUAGGUGAGUCGUUAGGUAGGUAGGUAGGUACGCACAAAUGCCAAGUGAAGCAUCACAUGUAUGUAUAUAGGUAAAGUCGGUAGAACAUUUUAUAUCUUGGCGUCCUUCGUCUCUUUUCUAUCUCUCUCGUCUUCACGCGCCUCAUUAACCUAGGUUAGGUACCUACCUACAUACCUCAUCACCAAGGCCCUCAAAUUAGACGUCACCGUAGUCUUUCACCAAACAAGCCUACCUCCCCCUCCCCCCCAACAACAACAAUGCCCCGCCUCGUCCCCCUCCUACCCAUCAUCACCUUCCUCCUCCUCCUCCUCCGCGGCGCCUCCGCCUGGGGCGCCAUGGGCCACGAGACCGUCGCCUACAUCGCGAGCCACUACGCGCUCCCCGCAACGCAGACCUACCUGCAGACCUUGCUAGGCGACACGUCGGCGGACUACCUGGCGAGCGUGGCGUCGUGGGCCGACAGCUACCGGUACACGAGCGCGGGGGCCUUCUCGGCGCCGUACCACUACGUCGACGCCAACGACGACCCGCCCUCGGCGUGCGGCGUGGACCUCGACCGCGACUGUGGCGCCGAGGGGUGCGUGGUGCGCGCGCUGCAGAAUUAUACGACGAUCUUAAUGGGGCAGGAGGCGAGUGGUGCGAAUUUGGCAAUUGCUGCUAAGAUGAUUAUCCACUUCGCAGGCGACAUAGGCCAGCCGCUGCACUGCGAAGGGCUCGAGAUCGGCGGCAACGGCAUCGACGUCAAGUACGGCGACGACGACACCAACCUGCACGCCGUCUGGGACAGCGACAUCCCCGAGUCCGUCUCCGGCGGCUCCUCGCUGUCGAGCGCGAGGUCGUGGUCUGCGGCUCUGAUCAAGAAAAUCGACUCAGGCACCUACAAGUCCCAAGCCGCAAGCUGGAUCUCCGGCCUCAGCGUGGGCACGAGCGCGUCGCAGACGGCGACGGCGCUGAGGUGGGCGACGGAGAGCAACGCGUACGUGUGCUCGACAGUUCUAAGAGACGGCGUCGAUGCCGUGGAGAACCAGGACGUCAGCGGGGCCUACACGACGGCGGCGCAGCCGGUGGUGGAGCUGCAGAUCGCGAAGCAGGGGUAUCGGCUGGCGAAGUGGUUGGAUGCUAUUGUGGCGGGGAUGUAGGGACCGCCCCUGAACACCUCCUUAUUUCGGGCCGUAUUUAUGUGUAGGUACAGGGUAUCUGGGUACCUAUAUACCUAACCUAGCUAUGUAUAUAGUUCAAAAUGAAGAGAGAGGUUUGAA